GGAAAUGUUUCCAUUUCUUUAUACGUUGGACACACAACCAAGAAUGAAUGAAAGGUCAAGAUAUUAGACAAAACAACACGCAAACGUUUUCAGAUGAAAAGUAAACUGAAGCUAAUGAAGUCAAUGUCUCUUUUGACAAACUAACCACACGGAGUCUCCUAUGGUUAGAAUUUCCAACACUAUUCUACACUGUACGAUGAUGUCUAGAAGUUAGAAAGAAACAACGAGGUUUUGUUUUUGUUUUACAGAGGGAAAAAAAAACAUUUAGAGAGAGAAAAUCAAUUAAUCCUUAAUCUCUCCGAGAUCCAUUGUUUUCAUCUUCAAUCAAUUGUUUCACAUCAAUACAAAAAUGGGGUGUCCUCAAAAGUCAUGAUUUUGUGGGAUUAUUCAUCUGGGUCAACUUUGUUCAAUGACUUGUAAAUUCAGAUGGUGAAAAAUCGUGUCUUUUUGAUGUUUUUGUAGGAUUUAUUCAUCUGGGUUAUUGUAAUUUUGUUUGAUUGUUGAGGUAAUUUGGUUUUUGGUUUAAUUAAGAAUCUGGGUUGGGAGAGUUUUUUGAUGAGAUAUGGAGGAGCAUGUAGCAGCUUUGCACACUGCUACUAACGCUUUGCAAGCAUUAGGAAGGGGUUUUGAUGUUAAUUUUGAUACAAGGUUGCUUUAUUGUAAAGGAGGUUCAGGUUCUAGGGUAGUUGAGAUUGAUGAACAGUAUCAAAGGGAUUUAUUUUUGUAUGAUGAUGUUGUUGUUCCUAAUGUUUCAAGGGAUAUUAGAAGCUUCCCUGAACCUAUGGGGCGUUUGAGUUCUGGUGUCUGCAGUUUUCAAGAGAUGGUAGAUUAUUUUAAUCAUAAGGCAAGUAUAUCAGGGAGCUUUCCUCUUGGAAGCUUCAACUCUGCAUUUAGCUUUACUGGUUCAAAACAUGUUGAUGCCGCAGCUACAAAAACCUUGUCUUCAGAUGGGUUUUACAUUCCCCUUGCAAAGGUUCAGCUACAAAAAUCGAACUUAAUGUUGCAAGAAAAUGUCAAAAGGGCUAUCCCAGUCAAUUGGGAUCCACCGUCCUUGGCAAGCUUCAUCGAAAAUUUUGGGACGCAUGUCAUUACAUCAAUAACCAUCGGUGGUAAAGAUGUUAUUUACGUCAAGCAACACCAUACUUCACCUUUGUCGAAGUUGGAGAUAAAAAACUAUAUUCAAGAUAUUGGAAAUCAUAGGUUCUCUGACAUCAAUAGCCACACAAGUUCAGGUCAAACAAAAUCCAAGGACAAGGGCGUUGAACCAUUUUCAUUCAAUAGUCAAGGGAUUUACCCUCAACCUACGACUGCAACAUAUCCUACCGGGAAAGAAGAUGUCACAGUCAUUUUCAGAAGAAGAGGAGGGGAUGAUUUGGAACAAAACCACAGUAUAUGGUUAGAAACUGUCAAGUCCUCGCCCGAUAUCAUAGAGAUGACUUUCUGUCCAAUAACAGAUCUCCUUGAGGAAAUACCUGCUAAGGAGCAUUUGACCCGCGCCAUUGGUCUUUAUCUAGAAUAUAAACCACCUAUUGAAGAACUUAGAUACUUCCUAGAGUUUCAGAUUCCUCGUGUUUGGGCUCCUUUACAUGACAGGGUUCCUGGUCAACAAAGGAAGGAACCUGUUUGUCCAUCUUUACAAUUCAGCAUAAUGGGCCAAAAGCUUUAUGUCAGUCAAGAACAGAUAACAGUUGGACGUAGACCUGUAACUGGCAUACGUCUUUGUCUUGAAGGAAACAAGCAGAAUCGGCUGAGUGUUCAUCUUCAGCACUUGGUAUCCCUACCAAAGAUCCUCCAACCAUAUUGGGACAGCCAUGUAGCAAUUGGUGCUCCGAAGUGGCAGGGACCCGAGGAACAAGAUAGCCGGUGGUUUGAGCCGGUUAAGUGGAAGAAUUUUUCUCAUGUGAGCACUGCACCCAUUGAGAAUCCCGAAACAUUCAUAGGAGACUUCUCUGGUGUUUACAUAGUCACUGGAGCACAGCUUGGAGUAUGGGAUUUCGGAUCACGUAAUGUACUUUACAUGAAGCUCUUGUAUUCAAGGUUACCUGGAUGCACAAUCCGAAGAUCACUUUGGGAUCACAUACCAAAUACUUCACCUAAAUCUUCGACUGCCGGAAACACUUCGAACACAGAUAACUCAACAAACUUGGGUUCGAGAGAAAACAACAUAACAAACAAGUUGGUGAAGUAUGUUGACUUGUCGGAAUUGAGCAAAGGACCUGAAGAUCCUCCUGGUCAUUGGUUAGUUACCGGCGGAAAGCUAGGUGUUGAAAAAGGGAAAAUUGUUUUGCGAUUGAAAUACUCAUUGCUUAAUUACUGAGUUCACCAUCAAUGUUUUUUUUUCUUUCUUUUUCAUAUCCCUUAUGCUGGUUUCGAUCUAGAAUUUCGGAAGGUGUAAGAAUGAUCUCAAGACCAACCAACCAAUGAAGAAACUGGCAUUCCAUCAAUGUUGUAGUAGACUAGUGCUGGUUUCGAUCUAGAGUUUUGGAAGGCGUAAGAUGAUCUCAAGACCAACCAACCAAUGAAGAAACUGGCAUUCACCAUCAAUGUUGUAGUAGACUAGAGUUUAGUCUUCCCUUGCGGGUAAUGUGAAAAUCAUUUUGCAGUUUGGUAAACUGAGUCGAAUAGGAAACUUAAUCUGUUUAGACGGCUGCUACUACUUGAUCCAUAUUGUGGUAGCAAAUGCUGUUUUCAUUGCUGCUGCUGAUAUGGUGAUGUUGAUAUCUCAUAGGUGUUUACUUAGAACCUUUUUACAACCAUGACAAGUUAAAGUAAUGUCUAUAUUCUUAUAGUAUUGAUAAUACAAAAUGACAUUAUCCUUUAUUUUCCUCUCUGCCUCAUAAGAAAACAAGAGGGUAAAAUGUGUUUUUGAA